AUGGGUCGAUUGAAAAAACAUUUGUUAAUACGUUAUACUAAUGCUCGAAAAGCAAGAGGCAAUAAAAAAAACAAUGAUAAAGAUGACCUACCAAUAGUUGAUAAUGCAUACGAUUUAGAGAAUGAAGAAGCCAUAGAAACGGUCUUUGAAAAACUUAUUCAAAACGCUUAUAACAUAAUUUUUAGUCAAGCAAAUAAUACAAAUUUAAACAAUGAUGAAAUAACAAAUGAUACAAAUGAUGAAAUAACGGAUGAUACUCAAUCAAACUAUAAAAGUGAAACUGAGGUUAUAGAGAACUCAUUACAAUGGAAACAGAAGCUUCAAGAAACUGAAAAAAGAAUACAACAUUUAAUCGAUACUUGUGAAACUUCAAAGACAGAUAAAUACUGUGCUAGAUGUAUACGAGCAUGGGCAAAAAAAUGUUUGGAAGGUAAUUCCCUACCUCUGUCUCAGCAUAAAAAACAUCCAUCAAAAUCACUUUUAAAUGAUGAGUAUGUUUCUUUAAGAAUCGCCAACUACUUAC